GGCGGGCGGGGGUGCGAGCGGGCUCUGGUCCUGGCACGUCACGCAGCGGCCGAGUGGGCGGUGGCGGCGGGAGUCGGUGAGCGCGGAGGGGGCCGCGGCCCUCCGGGAGCAGUGCGGAGGAGCAGGCGGCUCGACGCGGGGCUCCUCCUCCUGGGAGCGGAGGCACCCAGGUGGGCCCUUCCAGCGCGGAGUGCGCGGCCUUCGGGGGAGAAGGGCCUGCGGCCAAGGAGAUGGGAACGCAGCCGCGGGAGUGAACAAGCCACCGCUGUGCUUCUGAGGAAGAUGUGAUGUGAAGCGGACAUGUUGGCUUCGCCUGUGUUCCACGGGGAGCAGUGUGUGAAACUGCUGUUGGAGCUUUGGUGGUUCUGUCCAUGCCAACUGGCCCAGAAGUGAUAGGAAAUGGUUCAGCUGGAACAGUCUUCGGUAUGAAAAGGCAGGUGAGGACACAGCUCUUUGAGAGAGGUGAUCUUUCUGUUCCUCAUACACAGAUGAGAGUGGAAGUGGCAAAGCUAAAGAUUGCUGAAGAAGGGGAGACUCAGCCUUGAAUCAGGCCAGAAGCAAAAUUUGGAUGAAACGAUCUAACUAAGUUGCCGUCAUGAGCAGAAGCAAGCGUGACAACAAUUUCUACAGUGUUGAAAUUGGAGACUCUACUUUCACUGUGUUGAAACGGUAUCAAAACUUAAAACCAAUAGGAUCAGGAGCACAAGGGAUAGUAUGUGCAGCUUAUGAUGCCAUCCUUGAACGAAAUGUUGCAAUCAAGAAGUUAAGCCGACCGUUUCAGAACCAAACUCAUGCUAAAAGAGCCUACAGAGAGCUUGUUCUAAUGAAGUGCGUUAAUCAUAAAAAUAUAAUUGGCCUACUGAAUGUGUUCACACCACAGAAAUCCCUGGAAGAAUUUCAAGACGUCUAUAUAGUCAUGGAGCUCAUGGAUGCAAAUCUCUGCCAAGUGAUUCAGAUGGAGCUCGAUCAUGAGCGAAUGUCUUACCUUCUUUAUCAAAUGCUGUGUGGUAUCAAACACCUUCAUUCAGCUGGAAUUAUACAUAGGGAUUUAAAGCCCAGUAAUAUAGUAGUAAAGUCAGACUGCACUUUGAAGAUUCUUGACUUUGGACUGGCCAGAACUGCAGGAACUAGUUUUAUGAUGACGCCUUAUGUAGUGACUCGUUACUACAGAGCACCAGAGGUCAUCCUAGGGAUGGGAUACAAAGAAAACGUUGACAUUUGGUCAGUUGGGUGCAUCAUGGGAGAAAUGAUCAAAGGUGGUGUUUUAUUUCCUGGUACAGAUCAUAUUGAUCAAUGGAAUAAAGUUAUAGAGCAGCUAGGAACACCGUGCCCUGAAUUUAUGAAGAAAUUACAGCCUACAGUCCGAACUUAUGUGGAGAACAGACCUAAGUAUGCUGGAUAUAGUUUUGAAAAACUCUUUCCAGAUGUCCUUUUCCCAGCUGACUCUGAACACAAUAAGCUUAAAGCAAGUCAAGCAAGGGAUUUGUUAUCAAAAAUGCUGGUUAUAGAUGCUUCUAAAAGAAUCUCUGUGGAUGAAGCCCUGCAGCACCCGUACAUUAAUGUUUGGUAUGAUCCAUCAGAAGCAGAAGCUCCUCCACCAAAGAUACCAGAUAAGCAGUUAGAUGAAAGGGAGCACACCAUAGAAGAAUGGAAAGAGUUGAUAUACAAGGAAGUCAUGGAUCUGGAAGAGAGAACCAAGAAUGGGGUUAUACGUGGACAACCAGCCCCUUUAGGUGCAGCAAUGAUCAAUGGCUCUCAACAUCCGUCUUCAUCGUCAUCUGUCAAUGAUGUGUCUUCAAUGUCAACAGAUCCAACAUUGGCCUCUGAUACAGACAGCAGUCUAGAAACUUCAGCUGGACCUCUGGGUUGCUGUAGAUGACUACUUGGUCUUUUGGGGGGUGGGAGGGGGGUCCUUUUAGUCAUUAAUGGGACACUUUAAAAUUUGGUGGUAUUUUUGAGUGUUUUUUCAAAAAUAAUUGUAGAAUUCAUCAUGAAGUGCUGUAAUUUUAAAUUGUAAGUUGUGUUAAAAGCAGCCACUUUUUUUGCUGUAAUUAACUGUAAAAUAUUAAACCUGAUUAUUUUUAUUGUGGUUUUUAAAUCUGCAUAUUUGCUUUACUAUUAUGCUGCUGAUCUUUUUUUACUGAAUUUGUAAGAAUUGUUUUAUCAAAGCACAUAUUAAUGUUGUGGUCAUUACCAUAUAAUGAAUUAUUUAAGAAUUUAUUCUAGAUGUUUUGUUCAUGAUAUCCUUCAAAGUUUUAUGCUUGGUCAUAUGUACAUGUCCAGGUGAAGGAGGAGAGAAUUCAGUGCAGCUGGCUGCAGUUUUGGGCAUACUACUGUGAUGCUGGCAGUGAACAAAAUCCUCCUUCAUUUUGGCCACAUGCCUAUAAUACUUCAGCAAAAGCAACAAUUAGUUGAUUUGAUUUUUUAAUUUUUUUUAGAGAAACGGUAUACAAUCCUUUACAGAGUAACCUCAUCUGAACAGUUUCCUAAACUGCAGAAAGCAAAGCAUAUCUUCAAAGCUGCAGAAAUAUCUAGUCUAACAAAGUAAUGUGAUGUUUCCUGCAGAGUUGUGGCAUGCCAAAUCUUGUGAUCACCAUAAAACACGAGGAUACUUCAUGAAUAAUACAUUGCAAUGCAAAUAAACUGUUUACUUCUA